AUGGCUAAUGCUGGUUAUUGCUUCAUCAACUUCACCGACGUUCAAGAUGCCAAUUGUUUUUCCAACUUCUAUGCUGGCCGAGUGUUGGGCAACUUCGGAUCAAGGAAGGUGGUCGAGAUCGUCCCUGCUGCUAUACAGGGCUUCUAUGAGAACCUCAGCCAUUACAGCAAGAAGGUCGUGUCUACUGAGAAUAAUCCAGAGUACGUCAAACGCCUACUCUAA